AUGCCUAAGAUGUCAGUAGCCCGGAUGCUGGGGGGAAAGAAGACACUUGUGGAGAAUCACCAGACGGAACAGUUCCAUUCCUCAUCAAAAUGUGUGCAAAAGGAGGUCCGAAACAAAUCGACUGCCGCGAAGUGCCAGAUAUCCUCCAGAAAACCUAUAUAUCCAGUCUGCAUCUUCAACGGCGUGGAAUAUAGCGUAAACGACAAAAAUGAAGCUACCUAUACGCCGGAACCGACAGCGCCAUUUUCCCCGGACACAACUGCAUCUUCAGCAAAAAGCAACAACAGCGGCGGUGAUGACGCGACUCGCACGACUAAUGCGCCCACUAUCUCGACCGACCUUUCGUCGGCAGAAACAGUAUUACGCUCGACAAAGGACGUUACAAUAACGGUCCCUCCUCCCACGGCCUCAACAACAGCAGCGAAUGCCCCUCUAAACUCUGCCUCGGCAACGGGAAGGUCUCCAAUGGCUAACGGAAAUAUGCUUCUUGGUUUUGUUUGGUAUGGAUUAGUCCAGAGUGACUUCGCCAUCUGUAUCUGGUUGUCGCUGUUCUUAGUAGUUGAAACCGAGAGAAGAGGAGCUGCUGUAAUAAUAGAAGAGUGA